CACGCCUCAAACUGCACUCUGAAGCCAGAGCUACUGACGACAGCCAGUCACGUGACAAAUGUCCCUUGAACUCUAACUUUCGUUUCGCGAGAAAAGGAACUUACGUUUCGUUAGCUUCUCAAAAGGAGUUUAAGUUUCGUUAGCUUCUCAAUCUCCUCAGUCGACACUGAAACGUCGCCAUGGCUGACGUGGACGACUGUGAGCACUCUCUGCUCAGCCUGGGUGACGAGCUGACCUGCAGUAUCUGCCUGUGUCCUUUUGACUGCCCAGUGACCAUCCCCUGCGGCCACAACUUCUGCCAGCAGUGCCUCCUCUCUACUUGGAAGGACAGCUGUAUAUACAGCUGCCCACAAUGUCGGACCAACUACCCCAUCAAGCCGGAACUGAAGAAAAACACGGUCCUCAACGCCGUGGUCGAGACCUUUAAAUUGCGGUCGACUGAGACUGAGCCAGAUGUAGCCGUGUCCGAAAUGCCGGGGAUCCAAGCGGCCAAAAGUGCCGCCGCCAUACGCUGUGAUACGUGUAUGGAGGCGGGCGCCGUGAAGACGUGCCUCACUUGCAUGGCCUCCUACUGCGUCGAGCACCUGCGGCCGCACCGCGAAAACCCGGUGUUCCACGUACACCAGCUGACCGAGCCCGUCGACGACCUGCUGGAGCGCAUCUGUCCGGAGCACCGCAAGUUCAUGGAGCUCUUCUGCACCAAGCACGAUCGCCUCAUGUGCACCUUCUGCCUCCAGCAAGCGCACAAAAGCUGCGACUUUAUCACAGCCGAGCAGCAGAGGACCAAGCAAGAGUCCAACCUGAUACAGCAAUUGAGUUUCAUGAACAAGAAGAUUAAACAAAACGAGACCGUAAUAUUGCAAAUGAGAGACAUGCAGCUUACCCUGAAGGGCAACGCCACCACCAAGAAGUCGGCAAUGGCUCAUCAGUAUGAACUGAUCCGAAACAUGCUGGCCAAUGAGGAGCGCGCCGCGAUGAGCGUGGUGGACGAAGAGCUGGAGUCUUCUCAGACCAAACUCAGGCUUCUCAUGAAAAGGUUUUCUGAAAAUAUUGAUAGCCUGAACAAGGCUAAAGGGGAUAUCCAGAGUCUACUUUGUCAGGCACAAACAAUGGCCUUUCUUCAGGCUUCACUUAAUCUGCCCAAAGCUGCAGCAUUUGAUCCGUAUGCCCCUCGAAUGUACUUGAGUUCCAAAAAGAUGACAGCAACCCAGGAUUUUGCUGGUAAUCUGAAGAAACACAUUCAAGAAAUCCUGAGUCAGCCUGUUGGUGACAGACUGCCAUUAGCUAAAACAGAAACGAACAUCCAGACAGGACAUCCCAUCAGCAGUCCCGCAGCCGCCAAGUCAGUCAAUGUCAAAGCUGACAAGACAUGGCAAAAAAAGAACAUCCAGACAGGACAUCCCAUCAGCAGCUAUCCCGCAGCCACCAAGGCAUUCGACUUCAAAGCUGACAAGACAUGGCAGAAAAAACAAAAUAAGCCCAUUCCACCCCAGGAAGACGGUAAGCAACGUAUGAAAAAUUUGUCACGUUCUAUGGAAAACCUCCUGGCGUCGGGUGGGAAACUAAAACACAGACCCCAGCUGACUCCCAUGCCUUCUGAACCCAAAGAAAAAAAAGAAACAAUGGAUCGCCCUGCCGACCUCAUUGGUGAAAAGAGACACAAUCUUGUGGCAUAUGGCACUGCACUCAGUUUUGAUCCAAAGACAGCACACAAACGCAUCAAGGUAACCGAGGACUUGCAAGGAGCAUCUGUGUCAGACCAACCCAAUCCAGCUAUGUGCAGUGACUGCCCUGAGCGCUUCUCCGUCUUCACUCAGGUGCUCACGUCUCAGGGUUUCACCCAAGGGCGCCACUACUGGGAAGUUCGGCUUAAUAACAAAGAAUUCACUAGCAUCGGGUUGACUUACGGUAGCAUUAAGCGCAAAGGUCCCACCAGUCGGCUUGGCCGCAACGCCCAGUCUUGGUGUGUGGAGUGGGUUAAUGACAAAGUGUCAGCUUGGCAUGACAACAAUGAGGUUGUGCUCAUGAAUAUCCAUGCUAAACGUAUUGGUGUGUUGUUGGAUUAUGAUUCAGGCUCCGCUACAUUUUACGAUGUGACCGAUAGGACGUGUUGCUUCUACACUUUUGUUUUUUCAUUCACUGAGGCAGUGUAUCCAGCUUUUGGGAUUUUUCGCUCUGAGUCGUCUAUCACGCUGUGUAAACUGUUGGCCUGAGGACCACAUUGACAUUCGCUACAGUCCAAUAAGAGUCAAAAGCCAACUUCCGAUUUGUUUGGUUUUUAAAGUAAAUUCCCAUGUGAUGUACUGUUGAUUAUAUUAAAAACAUACAUAUAUUCAAAAAAUAAAAUUUAAUUAUGAACCCAUCUUGAGUAACUUUCUGCUGGUAGAGCAGUUUCAGAUCAGCUGUCAAUUAAUAAAAAUACUUUGAAAAUGCCACGAUAAAGCAAGUUAAUAAACAGUUGCAGUGCAAGCGACCUAUUGAUCAAAUUUGCAUGCAGUCAAUAGCCUUGUUAAAACCUGAAUAUUGGCAGUAUUUGAGUUUUGAAGGCCAUGUAAACGCACACAAAAUCCCUGAUUAUUUUGGUUUUACAAACCCAAAUAAAACCCUGGCUUACCACUUGUCUAACCCAAAUAUAAACAAGAUCAAGUUAACUCCGACAUAUUGGUAUGUGUUCCUCACAUGCUUUUGCUUUGUCCACAAGGAAACUUAUCUUGUAGUACUGGGAGUACUUGUAUGCCAUAGCGAGCCUUCUUGGUGACUGUGUUGCGUUUUCAUUUUAUUUUCUGUUCCAAUGGCAAAAAUUGUACAGUGUGUGGAUAUAUACGUUUGUACAUCUGGCGCACAACUCACACAAGCAAAGGUAAACAAUAAUGGCGGAACUCGGAGAUGUGGCAGAAAGUCACACUUUUAGAAAGAGGAGGAAACCAACUGUUUUGUCCUUGUGGCGAGUGAUGUGAAUAUAUUGUGUUUUAUAGGCGGUAUAAAGUAACAAGCAGACAUGACGUUCAUUUGUGUCAUGUCUGUGCGUCACCGUUUGAAUCGGGUUAUUCAAAUACGAUAGUAACACAGUGCGUUCAGGCAUGUGAGGUAUAUUCUCAUAUACACACAUAUUGUCAUUGCAAUAAGUACAUAGUUACUAGAAUUUUACAGACUUGCUGGUGCCAAUGUAGAGAGGACACACUUGGUGGUAAUUACAAUGACCUUAAUAGAAGUUUUGGGUCUGUCAAGAGGCAAUCAAUGAACUGCACAUGCGCAGUAGACAGUGACUACACCGCCUGCGCAUACACAAACGCGGCGCCAAAGUUAACAAGCUAAUCGACGCAUUACGCAUCAAUACACGCACUCGCUUUUUUCGACUAAAGAAAGUUUAUGACCAUCAAAAAUGAGUGGGGUUGCUGGACCAAGUAAGAAGCCAAACCGUAUCACUUUCGUACAGAAAGGAAGUUGAACCUUACUUUAUUGACUGGGUUGACAUUCUCUUUAGCACAGCUCCAUCUAGUGGACGCAUAAUGCAACCCUAGUCAACCCCAGUCUGAUGCAGUAGCUCCGAUUCUAUGCGUCUUUUAAUCCGGUGUACCUUAUAUUUGAAUACAUUUCUGAAAUAAGAAAUUCAAUGAUGGUGCGCCUUAUAAUCCAGUGCACCCUAUAGUGUGAAAAAUACUGUAUGUCAAAAAAGUCUGUUUCAGAAAAGUCCUUUUCCACCCAGCCUUGCCUGGCGACCACUCUAGAUGGCCGCCGGGACAGAACUGCACCUUCUCAGAAAAUACACAAGAUACUUGAACAGGGUAUUCAGAAAUGGUGACCUGCGUGGAAACGUAGUCAUUGGUUGGUCUUGCGCUAUCCACAAGGAAUCUUUGUAGUCCUGGAAGUAGCUUCCUCAUCCAAGCGAACGUUACUUAAAUACAUUGGUUUCUCUGAGGCGUUUUCACAUUAUUUUCUGUCGUUACGGCAAAAAUAUCAGCGUGUAUACAGAUAAGAAUGCAAGUGUAUAAGUCCGUAUGUCUGGCAUGCAACAGGCAUAAAUACACAAGCAGAAGUAAAAACAAUCAUGGCAAAGCACAAGACGCAGGCGAUAUUAAGGCUCGAAAUAAAGGGUUGUGUACCCCAGUUUGCGAGUCAAAAAACAUUUUGUACCUUGUCAAAAUAGCUACACUGAGAAUCACAUAAUUUUCAGCUGUUCUAAUGAUUGAAUCCUUGACUCAAAAUAUUUCAAUCGGCUCACGGCACUUAACAUGCGAGUAGUCGGAGUUCAAGGCAAUCACAUGCUGUUUAUGCCGCACUAGCUAACUUUCAGCAAGCGUCGUCUGGCUUGCACGUGUGAUCAAACACGUCACGAAGUUGGUUUGAAGUUGGUAAUGAUUACCUCCAUGGCUGCAAAUAAGAUACACACACAUAUGACAAGUAUUGUAGUAAGUAGUAAAGUAAAAGGAAGAAGUCAUGCUAAUUGUAAAAAAUAACCCAAAAAUUAUCGUUAGUAUUUAAAAAGUUUAAAAAAAAAUACACACACACAUACACACACACACGGUGAAAUAAAAGAUAAAAACAAUGUAGGACUCACUGGUAAUAAACAAGUAGAGGUAAAUUGUCAAGAAAACCUUACCACUGCUUUAUUCGUGUGGGGUGACAAAGGGCAGUAAUGUCUAUUUGUAUGACGUGAAUGUGGGUAGUGGUUUCAAUUUGGGGAUUUAAGUGUGCAAGCAGCUUUGUUCGUCGAGGCAUGCCAAUGUUUUUUCCCCGAAUGUUUCAGAAACUGGACUUUUGACCAUUACACAAAUAUUGACUGCAUGUAAAUGUGGUGGAUAGGUGUUGGCAUUUGGGGUCGGCACUAUUAAUGGUCGCCAAAUUACAUAUGAGCAGAAUUUGUAUGCAUUUAUUCUGUCAUUCAUUAUCCAAAUUGCUUAUCCUCAUGGGGUCACAUGCAUGCUGGAGUCUAUUCCAGUUUGCAAGCGACGGGCACGGUACAUCUUAAACUGGUCAUCAGCCAAUUGCAGGGCUCAUAAUGUUUUAAUCGAUUUAGCUUUGCUGAAAGGUCAUACAACCAAUUCAGGAAUACUAAGUUUAAUUUAAAUGUAUGUUUGCUUGAAUUGCUCCAUCGAAAGAUUUUAUGAGCAGUUUGCUGCCAUACCCAUAUACCAUGUACAGUCGAUCUAAAAAAAAAAAAAAAAAAAAAUGUUGUAUUUUUAUUGUUUGAUGAAAUCCUUGCUUCAGUUCUGUGAAAUUAAGAAAAAACAUUCGGAACCUUGGUAAUGAGAAAAUUGGUAAAAUUGUACGACCUCUUUAGGGGAUGUUGAAAAACGUGCAAUGAUGUAUGUCUUCAAUAGUCCACCAUUCAAUACUUACUUGUCCAAACUUGGCCCUCAAGGACCACUGUCUUCUCUACUUUAUAUAUCUCUUUGCUGCAACAGAUCUGAUUGAAAUGACCAGGAUAAAUAUCAAGCUUGUUCAGAGCUUCCAGAUGAGCUUAUGGAAAAGGGGCUAGUAUGACUGAAUGCAACUUGCUGUAAUACUAACCGUUGUGAAUUUCCAUGCAUGUCUGCCAAAGUUGACAUUAAGGGUGCGCUUACUGAUUGAGUGACCUUCACUAUCGAGACUGGUUUUGUUAGACUAUGAGGUCAAUUGUAAUACACCCUUCAGUGAUGUAAUUGUUAACUCUGCUCUGCUAUCAAAAUAAAUCACUCUUGCAUUGUCAUUUGUUGACUUUCUGCAAUUAUCAGCUGAAUGCAAAUUAUUUGCACUAUUUUUUGUCGAAUAAUCAAGUCUGAUUGCUGUUGUGUAACAAUUAUUUGAAUGGAGAGUUUUUUUUUCUUUUUACCUAGCUUGAUGUUAUUUGCUUUUGCAUUGUCAUUACUAUGCAGUCUAUGUAUAUUGAUCAUAAUUUGGUUCAAAUAAACAGCUUCAUGAUU